AUGGUUGGGUCUCAUAAUCUUUCUAAUCGAACCCUGAAUGCCUCCGAUGGGUAUUCCCAAAUUAACAAUGCCCCGCAAUUCAAACAUAUCGAUAACAUUUAUUCCGAUAGAUUGAGGCAAUUCACCGAUGAAGGUCAAUAUCGUGACUUUAAUCUCCCUAGAUUUUAUGAUAAGGCACGUAUUGACCACUCAAAGGAUGAUGGCGACGUGGCCAAAGGUUAUAUUUCUUUGAAAGUCCAUUCAGUUCCGGACCUCAAGAGACCGUUGUUCAGAGACCUCAUCCCAAAUUUGAACAGUGAUGACUGGCAUGACACUUCUAAAGGCGCUAACUUUGGUCCUUCAUGGUCCACUCAUUGGUUCAAGAUCAAUGCCAAAGUUCCAGAUUCCUGGGUUAAAGAAGAUGUUGUUUUGUUGAAUUGGGACGGUAACAAUGAAGGAUUGGUUUAUACUGUUGAUGGUGAACCAUUACAAGCCUUUACUGGGGGCGGGGAAAGAUGCGACUUUAUAUUGCCAAAGGAAUGGUACCAAGGUGGUAAAGAUUUCAACUUUUACAUUGAGGUUUCUUGUAAUGGUAUGUUUGGUAAUGGUCCAGGCACCAUUGAUCCACCAGAUCCAAACCGUUACUUCACAUUGAGCCGUGCGGAUUUGGUGAUUCCAAAUUUGGCUGCUAGAGAUUUACAUAUUGAUUUUUGGGAACUUGGCGAUUCCGCAAGAGAAAUGCCUGGUGACUCUUGGCAAAAACAUAAAGCUCGUACCAUUGCCAAUGAGAUUAUGAAUGCAUUUGAUGCUAAUAAUCCUGAAGAGUCUAUCAAGAAGUGCACAGAAAUUGCCGCCACUUAUGUUGGUGAAAACUCUCAUAAUUCUAAAGUCUAUGAGAACACUGACUACAAAACAGUGGAUGUUUUUGGAGUUGGGAACUGCCAUAUUGACACUGCAUGGUUGUGGCCUUUUGCUGAAACCAAGCGUAAAGUUAUGAGAUCCUGGACUACUCAGGUUGAUUUGUUGAACAGAUACCCAGAAUAUGUGUUUGUCGCUUCUCAAGCCCAGCAAUUUAGAUGGUUGAAACAUGAUUCUCCAAUUGCUUUUGGCAAAGUCAAAGAAAAAGUCGAAGAGGGUCGUUUCAUUCCAAUUGGUGGUUCUUGGGUCGAAAAUGACACAAAUAUGCCAAGUGGUGAAUCUUUGGGUAGACAAUUUCUCAAGGGGCAAUUCUUCUUCAAGCAAAACUUUGGGAUCUUUUCUGACACUUUUUGGUUACCAGACACUUUUGGUUAUUCUUCACAAGUUCCACAACUCUGUCGUUUGUCCUACAUGGACCGUUUCCUCACUCAGAAGCUCUCUUGGAAUAAUAUCAAUUCUUUCCCAUUGACCACGUUCAAUUGGUGUGCCCUUGAUGGCUCUCAGGUGUUGACUCAUAUGCCUCCAAACAACACUUAUACUUCCGAUGCUAAUUGGGGUGACGUUAAACGUUCCUUGAGUCAACAUAAAAACUUGGCUUAUGAUCAAAAGGGACUCAUGUUGUAUGGUCAUGGUGAUGGUGGUGGUGGACCUUCCCCAGAACAAAUUGAUAAGUUGAGACGUUGCAGAGGUAUCAGCGAAACCGUUGGUGGAAUGCCUAAAGUUCACGUCGGUAAUACCAUCAAAGAAUUCUAUGACAUCAUCUUGAAAAACACUGACAAUGGCUCGAAGCUACCAGCCUGGAAUGGGGAGCUUUAUUUUGAAUUCCAUCGUGGUACCUACACUACUCAAUCUAAGAUGAAGAAGUUUGUAAGAUGGUCUGAAUUCAACUUGAGAGAUCUUGAAUAUUUUGCCACCAUUGCCUCUUUAUUCAAGAAAUCUUAUAGUUAUCCAAAGAAUGAGCUUUGUGCAUUUUGGGAAGAUCUUUUGCUUUGUCAGUUUCAUGAUGUGUUACCAGGUUCCUGUAUUGAAAUGGUUUACGAUGAUGCCAAGCCAAUGUUGUCUAAUGUCAUCCACAAAUCCCAUGAUUUGACUUUAAAGGCUCUUAAAGCUUUGGGGAUCAAGGACUUGGUGUAUGACUCCAACCAAAGAAAGUACUCUGGUGGUGCGGCUGUUAAUCUCGCUGAGGUUAUUCAUGGUGAGUUCAAUUUAUUGAAUAGUUUUCCAUGGAAAAGAUCUGAAGUUUUGAAAAUUCCAAAAGUCUCCUCUAUGCUUGAUGACAAUGAGAAAUUGAAGAACAAGGUUUAUUCUGACGCUAAAGCUGGUAAAUUUAUUCAAGAAGGGUUGAAACAUGAUUAUGUUUACGUUUCUACUGAUGAGAGUAAUAACCACAUCAUGUCUCCUUUGACUAGCAAGAUCAAGCAUGCUUCUCUCCUUACUGAAUCUUCCAGUCACUAUGUUUUGUGUAAUUCAAAACUUAAGGUUAGUAUUGACAAAAAAACUGGGGUAAUCUCUUCUCUUUAUGACUUAUCCAAUGAUAAGGAAGUCUUGGACAUCAAGAGUGGCUCCAACACCACCGGGGCUAAUCAAUUUGUGAUGUUGAAUGAUACUCCAUUGGGAUGGCAAGGUUGGGAUACGGAGUUGUUUUCUCUUGAGAAGAUCACCCCAUUAACCGCCACUUCGGUUACAAAAUAUGAAGCCGGCCCAUUGCGUUCUUCCGUCAAGGUGGUUAUUGAUAUUCCUGUUUCUUCCACCACUAGCAAGGCAUCCAAAGUUGUGUCGAUUAUUUCCUUGGCCGGUAUUAAUGACAUGGCUGAUUUGAGUUUUGUGGAAUUUGAAAAUAAGGUGGUCUGGAACGAAAACUGUAAGUUUUUGAAAGUUGAGUUCCCAGUGGACAUUCAUAAUGAAUAUGCAUCUUAUGAAACCCAAUUUGGUAUCACCAAACGUCCAACCCACUAUAAUACCUCCUGGGAUGUUGCUAAAUUCGAAGUUUGCCACCAUAAAUUUGCUGAUUAUUCUGAAUUUGGAUACGGGGUUUCAAUUAUCAAUGAUUGCAAAUACGGGUUUUCAACUCAUGGUAAUCUCAUGAGAUUAUCACUUCUUCGUGCUCCAAAGCAACCAGAUGGCCAUGCUGAUAUGGAUACUCAUUUCAUCAAAUACGCAAUCUUCCCACAUAAGGGUCAAUUGGGUGCUGAUACCGUUAAAUUAGGUAAUCAACUCAAUUCCAAAUUGGUGCAUAAUUCCCUUGAUGAUUCUGAUGGUGGUGCUAAUUGCUACAAAUUGAAGCCGGUGGUUACUGGAUGCGGUGAGCCAGAUGUCAGUUUGAUUGAGAGUGGGUUUGGCACCAACUUGGUGGUCAAUAAGGUGAAUGAAUUUACCGAAAACUUUUUCGAUUUCAUUAGCAUUAAAGGUGAUGAGAACAUUGUGUUGUCCAAUAUGAAGAGAUAUGAAUACGAUGACGAUGUUUUCUACAACUAUGCUCCAGACGUGUUGGAUGACAAGGAAAUGUUAUUGAAACAACGUUUGUCAUCGACCAAUAACAAGGUUUCUAAGAAGGAGAUGUCUGAUACUAUUAGUGGCACGAAGUCAGUGGUUUUAAGAGCUUAUGAAGCUUUGGGUGGGAAAUCUAGAGGUACUAUUUAUGUGAAGAAGUUGUUAGAAAUAACUAGAGUUACCAAGGUCAAUAACUUGGAAGAAGAUGUUGAAGAAUUGGCAGUUAUCGAAAGCUCAGAUAAGAUGUAUUACACUAUUGAUAUCAGCUUGAGGGCAUUUGAAAUCGCUGGUUACAGAAUAGAAUUCAAGACUCAAUAA